AUGUCCUCUGCAAGCACGAAGAUCUUUGAAAACGAAAUGGAGAUCUUUGAAAAUGAAACGGACGAAGACUUGCUCCGAUCUAUCAUGCACAGCUUGGUGAUCCGCGAGCGUUUCGAAGUCGAGCCAAAGUACCUCGAGGAAUUCAAGCACCUCGUGGACAGUAUCGAAAACCUCUCAAAAGAUCCCGACUCUCCCUUUGAAGCAGUCCUAAAGGACAUAAAAGCCAAAGGCGAGAACAACCCAGUCCUCGAGAAGGCCAAAGACUUUGACAUCCCGGUACUCAAACAAUUCCGCGACUCCAUCGCAGCCACUCCAGAAGACAAACCGAUCCCAUCCCCCUUUCCACCGCCGUUCUCAUGCUUUGACCCCGCUUCCGAGACGCACGACUUGAAGUGUGUUCCAAAUUUCGACGAUCUCUUCAGGGAACAGUGUAUACGCUACCGCGUACUGACAUGCUCGGGCAUCCCAGCCACCGCAUACAAGCGAAUGUCUCCCAGGGCGUCCAGAUGCCACAAUUGCAUGCUCGAGAUGAUCAGGUCAUCACCAUCGAGGAGCUGGAGGCCGCUUGUGCGGCCACCGAGCCUUCUUACGCUCCAUGGCCUUGUGGCCUAUAGCCUCGGCCGUGAUUCUUUGCAGGGGUCGGGCUUGCACGCUUCUUUCGUUAAGAAUUCCACUGGAUCGAAAACCAAAAGAGAUGACACGGAGAUGAUAGAUGACGAUUCCACCAAACCUGCCAGCAGCAAAGAUUAUAUGGCGAAGCUUGAAGAGGAUCUCACCGACAAGUUGAAGCCGGACUCGCGGCUGCGACGGCAGUACAAGCAGCAUCGUACGGUGUCCGAACCUUUUCUAAGCCAGUACUCUGCAGUGCGUGCAAGGGAAGUGAGGGGUAGGUCGACAUCCAUGGUCAGGACCAUGACGCCUAGUAACUUGGACUUGAUCUUGCAGCGGCGACGUAGGGAGCAGAGGCGUGGUCGGUCUCCAGAUGCUGCUGGAAAUCGAAGUCGAUCCCAGAAUGGCCUUGACGAUCGUGGGAGCUCCCAGGAGCACUCGCCACGCGAGAACGAGGCGCCUGUCUCUGAUAGUGUGCUUAAUGACCUUUGUGGCCGUUUAGGGGAUGUCAAAGUAGGAUUACCAGAGGAGGAUGACUUGAUGGAGGAUUUGGUGUCGGCCUUGAAAAGCUUCCCGACUGAUGAUACUAACAUGAAGAUGGAGGAAGAGGAUUAA